AUGUCCAACUGUUGUUGUGUUAUUAUUAUCUUUUGCAUUUUGACUUUUACAUCAAAUAUUGUUAAUGGAAUAACAUGUCAUAAUUAUACCAGUUCUGAAAUAACUACAGGAAGUUUAACUGGUCAAGCAACAUGUACCGGAAAAUAUUGUUUAUACGAAAAAAUUGUUAAUAAUGGCGAAACAAGAAUAGCUCGUGAUUGUUCAGAAAUUGGACAAAUUGUUUAUACAGGAGGAUAUUUUAGUGACAUUAACAAGUGCUAUGAAACCACUGUUGGUGAUACAAGUUAUUCACUAAAAAUUUGUGAUAGUAAUGAUUAUUGUAAUUACGCCUGUAAUUCAGCUCUUGUUACAAAACAAUCCUCCAUUAUCAUACUUCUAACAACAACUUUUGUCAUUUUUUCGAAACUUUUAUUUACCAAAUAA